GGAGUCUGGCGGGGGCUGGUCUGUGUUUUUCCCCUUAGCCUCCUCGCUCUUUCUGCAGCCGCCGCGAAAACCCGGCACGGCGGAGCGGCGGAGCGGCGCGCCCCUCGCGCCACCUCCCCGACAGCCCUGGGAGGCCGCGCUGGGCAUGCUCAGUCGGAAGGGCCGCUUCAGCUUGCAGAGUAGGAAGCUUGGGCGCUCCGGCUGUGAGGAGCCGCGGCGGGGGGAAAAUGGAGCCCUUCACCAAUGAUCGGCUUCAGCUUCCCAGGAAUAUGAUUGAAAACAGCAUGUUUGAGGAAGAACCAGAUGUAGUGGAUUUAGCCAAAGAGCCUUGUUUACACCCUCUAGAGCCUGAUGAAGUGGAAUACGAGCCCCGGGGUUCCCGGCUGCUAGUGCGGGGUCUUGGUGAACAUGAGAUGGACGAGGAUGAAGAGGAUUACGAGUCAUCUGCAAAGCUGCUGGGCAUGUCCUUCAUGAAUAGAAGCUCAGGCCUUCGGAACAGUGCCACUGGCUACAGGCAGAGCCCAGAUGGGGCAUGUUCAGUACCGUCUGCAAGGACCUUGGUGGUCUGUGCUUUCGUCGUUGUGGUUGCUGUUUCUGUAAUCAUGGUGAUUUACUUACUGCCCAGAUGUACCUUUACCAAAGAAGGCUGCCAUAAAAAAAACCAAUCAAUGAAAUUAAUUCAGCCAUUUGCAACAAAUGGGAAGUUGUUUCCAUGGGCACAAAUCAGGCUUCCCACUGCCAUUAUGCCACUACGCUAUGAACUUAACCUACACCCGAACCUAACCUCGAUGACAUUCAAGGGUUCUGUGACAAUUUCAGUUCAGGCUCUUCAGGCCACUUGGAAUAUCAUUCUUCAUAGCACAGGUCAUAAUAUUUCAAGAGUGACCUUUAUGUCAGCAUUUUCAAGUCAAGAAAAACAAGUAGAGAUCCUGGAAUAUCCAUUUCAUGAACAAAUUGCUAUUGUUGCCCCUGAAGCCCUUCUAAUGGGGCACAAUUAUACCUUGAAGAUAGAGUAUUCGGCAAAUAUAUCUAGUUCUUACUAUGGGUUUUAUGGCACCUCCUACACAGAUGAAAAUAAUGAGAAAAAGUACUUCGCAGCAACUCAAUUUGAACCUCUGGCAGCAAGAUCUGCUUUUCCUUGUUUUGAUGAACCAGCAUUUAAAGCCACAUUUAUCAUCAGGAUCGUAAGGGAUGAGCAAUAUACUGCUUUAUCAAAUAUGCCUAAGAAGUCAUCAGUCGUUAUGGAAGAUGGACUCAUUCAGGAUGAGUUUUCUGAGAGUGUGAAGAUGAGCACUUACCUAGUUGCUUUCAUUGUGGGGGAGAUGAAGAACCUGAGUCAGGACGUAAAUGGAACUCUGGUUUCUAUAUAUGCUGUACCUGAAAAGAUUAGUCAAGUUCAUCAUGCUUUAGAAACAACUGUGAAGCUUCUUGAGUUUUAUCAAAACUACUUUGAAAUUCAAUAUCCACUUAAGAAAUUGGAUUUGGUGGCUAUUCCUGACUUUGAAGCAGGAGCAAUGGAAAAUUGGGGUUUGCUCACCUUCCGAGAAGAGACACUUCUGUAUGACAAUAAUACUUCUUCAGUGGCAGAUAGAAAACUGGUUACUAAAAUCAUCGCUCAUGAGCUGGCCCAUCAGUGGUUUGGUAAUCUGGUAACAAUGCAGUGGUGGGAUGACCUAUGGCUAAAUGAAGGCUUUGCUACCUUCAUGGAGUAUUUCUCUUUAGAAAAAAUAUUCAAAGAGCUCUCCAGUUAUGAAGAUUUCUUAGAUGCUCGAUUUAAAACCAUGAAGAAAGAUUCCUUAAAUUCAUCUCAUCCAAUAUCAUCAUCUGUUCAGUCUUCAGAACAAAUUGAAGAAAUGUUUGAUUCUCUUUCCUAUUUUAAGGGAGCUUCUCUCUUGUUGAUGCUGAAAACUUACCUUAGUGAAGACAUAUUUCAACAUGCUAUUGUUCUUUACCUGCAUAAUCACAGCUAUGCAUCUAUUCAAAGUGAUGAUCUGUGGGAUAGUUUCAAUGAGGUCACAAACAAAACACUAGAUGUAAAGAAAAUGAUGAAAACCUGGACCCUGCAGAAAGGAUUUCCUUUAGUGACUGUUCAAAGAAAAGGAAAGGAACUUUCUAUACAACAAGAGAGAUUCUUUUUAAAUAUGAAGCCCGAAAUUCAGCCUUCAGAUGCAAGCUAUCUGUGGCAUAUUCCACUAUCCUAUGUCACUGAGGGAAGAAAUUCUUCAAAAUAUCAGUCAGUAUCAUUACUGGACAAGAAAUCAGGUGUCAUCAAUCUUACAGAAGAAGUGCAGUGGGUCAAAGUCAACAUAAACAUGGACGGCUAUUAUAUUGUACAUUAUGCAGAUGACGACUGGGAAGCACUAAUCAAACAGCUGAAAAUAAAUCCUUAUGUUCUGAGUGACAAGGACCGAGCCAACCUUAUCAACAACAUCUUUGAACUUGCAGGCCUAGGCAAGGUGUAUCUCCAGAAGGCCUUUGAUUUGAUUGAUUAUCUUGGAAAUGAAAACCAUACCGCACCCAUCACUGAAGCUCUUCUCCAAACAGGCCUCAUCUAUAACCUCCUUGAAAAACUGGGAUACAUGGAUCUAGCUUCAAGACUGGUGACUAGGGUGUUUAAAUUGCUUCAAAACCAAAUCCAACAGCAAACAUGGACUGAUGAGGGCACCCCAUCUAUGCGAGAGCUUCGGUCAGUCUUGCUAGAAUUUGCUUGCACCCACAGCCUGGGGGACUGCCGCACUGCUGCCAUGAAGCUGUUUGACGACUGGGUAGCAUCCAAUGGAACUCAUAGCUUACCUACUGAUGUCAUGACUACUGUGUUCAAAGUGGGAGCAAAAACUGAGAAAGGCUGGUCAUUCCUCUUAAGCAAGUACAUGUCUGCAGGCUCUGAAGCAGAGAAGAACAAAAUACUUGAAGCACUUGCCAGUUCAGAGGAUGUACGGAAACUUUACUGGUUAAUGAAAAGUAGCCUCGAUGGAGAUAUCAUCCGAACACAAAAGCUGUCUUUUAUCAUUAGAACAGUGGGCCGAUGUUUUCCUGGACACUUACUGGCAUGGGAUUUUGUCAGAGAGAACUGGAAUAAGCUUGUACAGAAAUUCCAUCUGGGGUCCUAUACUAUACAAAGUAUUGUUGCUGGAUCGACUCACCUGUUUUCAACAAAGCCACAUUUAUCUGAGGUUCAGGCAUUCUUUGAAAAUCAGUCAGAGGCAACCUUUCGGCUCCGCUGUGUCCAGGAGGCUUUGGAAGUCAUUCAGUUGAAUAUCCAGUGGAUGGAGAAGAACCUGAAAACCCUGACGAGGUGGCUGUAGCAUGCACAACCGCACCUCAUUUUGUCGCCCAUUCAGAAAGCUUAUAAACUUGGUCUCUGCUGCUUUUGCAAAAGCCAAGGUAAAGCCAGGAUUGCUGCCGAGUUGUUUGCACUCUUAGGAGUUCUAGUUAGCUCAGGGCCCAAUUGUGUUUUUCAUCUGUCUUUUCUGAAAUGUCUUUGGGCAGUAUGUAGUUAUUUAUUACAAAAUUGUAUUCACUUAUAUGCCAACCAUCUACAGAAACAAUGAAUAAUUUUUCUACUUUGAAGAUACACAAAUGGGGGAAACAUCUGUUUUGGAAUUCAGUUCUAUUUCUCAGUAUCCAGAAAGUUACUGAACACAGUGGAACAAGGAAUGGUCUACCAUAAGAGCCACCAUCUUUGCAGGCUGCUGCUUUGUCAGCCAUUUGUUGCUUCUUGUUGAUAGAUGUUAUUGGAAUGUGGUACAAAGUUAGUGUGAUACAAAGAGUAUGGUAACAAAGACGAUAAAGCAUGCACUGUAGAGAACUGAUCUCAGGUGUGCAGAUCUACUUUGAUUUGGGGUUUUGAUUAAUCUUUUAUUUUCUGAAAAAAGUCUAAAUAAUAUCUACAACUAUUGUAUUUUUUUCUGCAGAAUAGCCAGGUGCUACAGAUUUUUGAAAUUUUUUUGUUGUAUUGAAAAGCUAAAUAACAAUGCCAAAAGGCUAAACUUUCCAAAUAUUUAACACUUUCUUUUUCAUCUUUUAUAGCAUUACCAUAGGAAACUGUUCCAAACAAAGUUAGCUUUAAUUAUAAUUACGUUAUUCAUGAAUGCUGAUAUUCCCCAAAUCUGUACACCUUUAUCACUCCUUGCGUAGAUAUACCUUAUGUUAUUGAGAAGUAUCUCUACGUUUGUGGCAAGCAUUUUGCUAACACUGGUGUUUUUCAUCAUGACUUUUAUCACUGUUACUAAGCAUACAAUUUAAGUUACCUUUUGGCAUCAUAGAUCAUAGACACUUUCUCUCUGAAUCAUAGCCAUGUGUGGAUUUUCAUUUUAUAUGAUAGAGUAGCAUAUUAGAAGCAUAUUUUAAAAUAGGGCCUUUGAGAUAUUGAAAAUUUUUAUUUGAAGUUCACCAUAGUACCUUAAAGGAACAAAGAGAAGGUGGAAUAGGAGGAACUUGAAAUCAGAUAUGGUGGGCUUUGAAUUUUUUCCAUAUCAAAAAUAGCACUUCUCUUUAGUUGAAAAAUCAUAGUUUUUCUUUUAUUGUGGUCAAACUAACAUUAAAAGGAGUGGUCAAAGAAAGAAAGAAGAAAAAUGAGGGAGGAUAUCCAAAACUGUAUGGCAUUUUUACUCCUUCUGAAGGGGAAAUACUGUACUUGAAUUUUUUGAGCUAUGCAGACUUAUACCUAGAUUGUUUUGUUUCUUUGAUUCUUAGGAGAAAAGCUUUCUUCCUAAUAAUUAUUGAGAAUUUUAUAUUUUGUUUUAAAACAGCUUCUAUGUACAUAAAAAGGGUAAUUACCCAUUUGCAAGCACUUAAAACACUCCACAGAGUCAGACAAUGGGAAAGGUCACCUUUUUUUAUUCAGCAGGUGUAAAGUUAGAAUAUGUGAGAUUGUUUAUAAAAUUAAAUUUUAUUUUGUGAAAAUAUUUUUAUAUAACAAAAUUUAAAAGGCUGGCAAGCUAAAAAAAUAGUCUUCUUUAAUCCUAGUGUGCUUUCCCCCAAUUUAGUCUUUUCUAAACAUUUAUCUCUUGCUUUAGAGUAAAAAAUAUUAUAUCCUGAGAAUCAUAGAAUCAUCUAAAUAUGUCUUAUUGAAAUUAGGGUGAUUGUAGGUCUUUAUUCCUCUUGUACUUUGGUAAAUGAUAAUUUAGUUGAUAUUGAAAGUUAGGAUGUUUUUGUAUUUUUAGAGUGAGGGAAAAAUACUAAACUUUUGAGGGGUUUUUGCUUAUUGUUGCUGAUUUUUUUUUACCAUGUUGUGUUACUGAAUUCCACUUUGAUACAGAAUUUAAAUUUUGUUACUCCUCAAAAUUGGUUAAGAUUCUUCAGUUCUGCCUACCCAUCUUGACAUUGCUCUUGGAAUGUAUGUUAAUUCUGCAUAUGGCAAAUCUUGUCUUGAAUUAUAUCAUUUUUUUUCUA